GUGUAAUCAAAUCACGAGGCGGGUCUUCUCUUAAACGAAAAUAGCGCGUGUACCCUGCUCGGAAAAACUUGGAUACUCGCACUCAGGUUCAACCGUGCUUCACAUCCAGAGUCUGACGGAUAAUUAUUGACUAGACAGCGCAUAAAAAAGCGGAGGUAAACGCAUAUUUGCGGCCAAGAUCCUCGUUCUACACUGACAUGAAUCCGACGCAUAGGUCCCGUUUGGACCUCGACGGUACUGGGCUGAGUCGUAUUUGUCAACAACAGAAGUGAGGCGCUCUGGAGCGACAGCUGUUGGGAGAAACCAUGUUGUUCUGGCAGCCCUACACUGAAAACUUCCGAGCCCCUGCACAGAUAUGCGGCAGCUACACAAGUUUCUGGGAGGCAGAGCGCAGCUACAGCUGGACAAUGACGGAAGCUCGGAGGUCUCCGAUUGGCUAAUCCUUCUAUACUGGGCACAGGAGGCGGUCUCUGAUUGGCUGUUUCCCCUCCUGGCAUCAUUCCUGAGGCUGGCGGUGGCAGCCCUGCAGGCUACACAGACCGACAGUCUGUAUGCUGAGGGAGCCAUGUUGAUGCCUGGUUUUGUAUCAAACGCUAUACUUUGGAUGGUUAAAGGACUGCGUCUUAAAGACGGGAAGCCUCAGCGGUGAUUCCAGCACCGCGAUGAGAAGAGGAGAGAGGUCUGGGACUGUACAGGGAGCGCCAGAGAAGAGCUGGUCUUAGGUCACUGGAUAGUUGAUUCAAAGCAAGUGAAGUUGAUGCUAGUUAGCUUGGUAGUCUGGUAGCAACAGCUGUGCGGACGCUCCGUGGGAUGCUGCAUGUGGACUCUAACAAUAUAAUAUUUUAGGUUGUUGCAUUUUGCUGAGCGAGUGUUUAACUGUCUGGAAUAACAAUAGGGCUGCUAAACUGGCGCCAGCUUGCUACGCUGCCUUUAUAAAGCUAACUGUUAGCUCACGUUAGCAUGCUGACAAUCAGCCCGCAUCUUCUGUCACGACUAACAAUUUGCUAGCUGUGUGGGCUCUGACUUAUUGUUGCUCUCGGGCAGUCUGCCACUAGUGAAGCACCGUGUUGUGUGGAAAAAUAAGCUUUCAAAGGCCCAGUAGAGAUAUGGCGAUAAAUUCCGUCUCUGCAGAAAGCUACCAGGUCGGCUGCCCAGCUUGCCAAGCAGCGGCUAACGGGUUAGCAGCAUAACUUUCCUCUUGCGGUAUCACUCAAAAGCUGCAGAGCCCACUUCCUCGUUAGCCGACAUCUCAUACCUGAAGCAAGCUGGCGGCCCUACGAGUUGAAGCCGAGGACAAGGAGCUGGGGCCGAUGGCCUGGGUUCUGAAGAUGGACGAUGCCAGCAUCGAGUCGGGACUGGUGCAUGACUUCGAUGCUAGUCUGUCCGGCAUCGGACAGGAGCUUGGGGCUGGAGCCUACAGCAUGAGUGAUGUGCUAGCUCUGCCCAUCUUUAAGCAGGAGGACUCCAGCCUUUCCCCUGAAAAUGAGACCAAAAAUCCCCCAUUCCAGUAUGUGCUGUGUGCUGCCACCUCACCUGCUGUCAAGCUGCACGAGGAGACGCUCACAUACUUAAACCAAGGCCAGUCUUAUGAGAUGCGUUUGUUGGACAACAGGAGAUCAGGGGAGUUACCAGAGCUCACCAACAAGAUGGUGAAGAGCAUUGUGCGAGUAGUGUUUCAUGACCGUCGACUGCAGUAUACAGAACACCAGCAGCUGGAAGGCUGGAAGUGGAAUCGUCCUGGCGACCGUCUCCUUGACAUCGAUAUCCCCAUGUCAGUGGGCAUUGUGGAGCCAAAGACUCACACCUCCCAGCUUAACGCGGCAGAGUUUCUGUGGGACAUAAACAAAAGAACUUCUGUUUUUGUGCAGGUGCACUGCAUCAGCACUGAGUUUACUCCCAGAAAGCAUGGCGGAGAGAAAGGCGUCCCCUUCAGGAUCCAGAUCGACACGUUCACCCAGGGAGAAGGUGGAGAGUACACAGAGCACCUCCACUCUGCCUCCUGCCAAAUCAAAGUCUUCAAGCCAAAGGGGGCAGAUCGUAAACAAAAGACUGACAGAGAAAAGAUGGAGAAGCGCACCACUCAAGAGAAGGAAAAGUACCAGCCUUCUUAUGAUACCACUGUCCUAUCAGAGACGAGGCUUGAGCCCAUCAUAGAGGAUGCGGGCGACCAUGAGCUGAAAAAGUCCAGCAAGCGGACACUUCCCGCUGACUGUGGUGACUCCUUGGCCAAGAGAGGCAGUUGUUCCCCUUGGCCAGAUGCCGCCUACGCCAGCACCAACCAGGCAGCUACCCCCUCCUUCACCUCCACCCCAUUGUCCACCUACACAACCUCCUCAGUACUAGACAGUGACUCGUCCUCUCCCAAUCACCAGGUAGACCCUGGCAGCCACAACAACUCAGAGCAGUUGAGUCCCACUGCCUCCAUACAGGACACACAGAAGUGGCUGCUGAAAAACCGCUUCAGCUCCUACGCCCGACUCUUCUCUCACUUCUCAGGUUCUGAUUUGUUAAAGCUCACGCGGGAUGACCUGGUCCAGAUUUGUGGACCGGCAGAUGGGAUCAGACUCUUCAAUGCACUCAAAUCCAGGUCAGUGCGUCCCAGGUUGACAGUGUACGUCUGUCAGGAGUCUCCUCAGGAGAGCCCCCUGCUGGAGAGGCACUGCACCAGUGAAAACGGAGAUCACAGCGUCUCCCCGAGUUUACAUGUGUACCAUGCUUUGUACUUAGAAGAGCUUACAGCUGCAGAACUCAUCCGCAAGAUGGCAUGUGUGUGUGGCAUUCCACUGGGAAAGAUCAACCAGGUGUACAGACAGGGUCCUACAGGCAUACACAUCCUGCUAAGUGACCAGAUGGUUUACAACUUGCCUGACGAGAGCUGUUUUUUGAUCAGCACUCUUGAAGAUGAGUUGAGUGAAGGACUUCAUCUGAUCCUGAAGUAGUGAGAAGGACAAAUGGCAUCACAAAUACUCAACCCUCUGUUUUGGAGCAGAAGCCUCCCUCUGUCCCUCUCUGCCUGCCUCUGGUCCUUCCGUCUACAUCCCCCCUAUCUCUCUAAAUGACGGCUCGUUGGAAAGCACAGAGACUGCACGAAGGCCACGUAAAUGUUAGAAUCUGACAUAGGUGUGUCCACUGUUUCAUAUUGAAAACAUUAUUAAAGAAUGAGAUUAGUUAGAAGAAGAGAGACUGGGGAGGAUAUGAGAUGAGGGGAAAGUUGACAUUGUUCUAUGUAUUUUGAUUUUAUUUUAUUGUCUUUAUAUGGUUUGUGUGGAGAAGGAAGGAUGGAGGCUCCAAGAGAGAGGGUGGGUGGUGCUCUGGCCAGCUAGAGACAGAAAGAAAGCAGAGUUUCCUUAUUGCCCGUUGCCCCUCCCGUAACAACGCGCACAACCAGCACUAGGCCAGUAUUUGAUUAACCUGUACUCUGGAAGAGCAUGCGAUCUCAUACUAAGUUGCUUGAAGGAGAAUCCCACCUAACUGCUUAUCUAACAUUCUUGAUGGGGUUGUCUGAAUUAACCAUUUACUGAUCAGCUGAGUUUGGUAACUCGUGAAAUAUCCAGGCUAAAUGAGUGAAAGUCUCCUCAUUUUGUGGAUUUUGGCACCACUUUAUAUAUAUAUAUAUAUAUUUUUCCCCCCCAGGUGGAGUAAUUUUCAUUAACUCUUCUUACAUAGUGAUUUAAACUUUUAGCCAUAUUUCUGUGUUGGCGUUGUCACGCUCGGCUCAUCUAACAUACGUCCUGCUUGGCCUGCUGUUUUACCAUUUUAGUUGAAGCUUUAUUUAUGAUCAGAUGUUUCUGUUGCUCAUUAAAAUUACUCGUCUCUGGUGCCAUAUUGGCUUUUGAGCUAAAUCUUUUACCGUCAUGCACACGCGGAGCACAUACGUAAUCUUUGCCUCCUCUACUUUGUGUAUUGACUUUGAAACACCCGUUUAGAGGAAAGUGUGGUCUCCUGGAUUUUGGCAAUUAAUGUACAAGCAAGGAUUUUUAAAAAAAAAAAGGAUAUUAUACGACGAAGCAGAGAUACCUAUCCAACAACCUAUUACGAAGUGGACCAAACAGGUUACAGAUUGAUAGGCACUCUUUUUUUUUUUUUUUUUUAAUUUAAAAAAGCUCAUGAGAUCUUGGUCACAAGAGAUGCUAAAUAAACUGGUUUAGAGGUGAAUAAAUUGUGAUGAAUUUGCUUGUGCGUUUAAUCUGUUCCAGGAGCUGCUUUGUAUUAAACAACCCAUCAUGCAGCAGGAUGAUAGAAAGGAAUCAACAUCACAUGGUUUCAAUGGUCUUACCCUGCAGGAUAGAAAAUCAGAGGACCACCGUGUCCAUCUUGUGUUUGUUGUGUAGCUGAACACAGGAAGCACAGGUUCAUGUUUCGAGUGCCCUAUCUUAGAAAAGUGAAGGGGAACCCUUACAACUCUUGGGAGUCUGCAUUAGUUUAGUUGACCUGUUUUGGAUUUUUUUUUUUGAGGAGCUUACAGUUUACAUUUUAAGGUGUCAGUGUCAGAUGUGUGCAUGUGUAUCAUUUUUGUGUUCUUGCAAACAUUUCAUUAUGUCAAACUCUUUCCUGUUGGUAUGAAAACGUUGUGUUUAGCUUGCUACCUAGUAAAGAGCAUGUGGAAAAAUGGGGAAAAGAGGGACAGAUGAAUUUGUCAGUGAGUGUAUUCCCUCCUUCUUUUUUUUUUCCAUACUAUAGAGACCAAGCCUGCACUGAAGAAAUUUACAGAGUUCUAGCUUGAUGUGUAGUCAGUAAUCCUACAAGCCCGCCCUUUUCUUUCCUGCCUCAUCAGAAGGAGAAAAAACAAAAAUGUCAAGACUAAAAUGCAACUAUUUCUGUCUCACCACGCGCCAGAGCCAGCACUGUAGCUCUUGUGGUUUUUACACAGACAUGAACGCCACAGCAAAGCAUAAUGUGGUCAUCAUCUCAGAAAUGAGUCCAAACAGAGUGGAUGUGAUAAAGAUUCAGGCAAAGUAAUGAGCAAUUCUAGACUGAAGACCUGACCGACCAUCUGCCUGCCUGUGUGUGAGUGUGAGCCAGAAAUGUGACCACUGUUAAUGUCAUGUCAAUGAUGCUUCUCAUGUGCACAGUAUCAUAUGCUGGAAAUGUACACAACCACAUGUGCUGGGAAUAAAUGAUUUCAUAACUUUA